AUGGGCCACGCAUACACGAUUGAACUUCCCCGUAAGAUGCGCACGCAUCAUACAUUUUUCGUUGGUCGUCUCCGCCCGUACUAUCAGUACGAGCCCGUUUCGAGAUGCGAAGAACACCUCCACGUUCGAGAGCCAAGACCACCCUUGAGUGGUCCCGUUUCAACGAGCCAGUCUGGUCGACUAGCGAAGAGACCUGCUCACGCAGUUGAGCGAUGUCCUGACGAGCUAAAGUCAGCUCGUCACGAAGAAAACGAGUCGAACGUUCGUGCGCUAAGGAAUUGCAAUUAUCCCUUACACGAUCAUGGAGCUCAUAAAGCCGAGUCCGUUCAUGCGCCAGGUCAUCUUGCAACUGUUCUGUUACACGGUUCAGAUCUUGAACAUCGAGCUGAUCCGACCCUCGAGCCGGAUCAGGUGUUCCCGCCACCACCACAUCCUUUGGUGGACUCAAACGUUGGUCAACGCUUUCUAGUGGAGCGUAUUUUGAACCACCGCGAUUUGAAUGGCGUCCGGACGAGUUACCUCGUUCGCUGGUGUGGAUAUACACAGGCGUGGGACAGCUGGGAGCCUCGUGCUCAGCUGAUCGCUGAAGUUCUUGGUCUCAUCGAGCAGUACGACGAGACCCACCCGCUGCGUUUGAAGAAGGGCCGUCGGAAAUCGACCUCCCCGAACGCGAGUACAAGGACUGCAAGGUGUCAAUCAAUUCGGCCAUCUCGAAAGAGAUGCGCCCUCUCCAGCAGGGAUCAUUAG